CGGCUGCUUCCUGCACCGGCUGCUUCACCGCUGCCGUGACCCUCGGAGCCACAAUGUCGCUCGACCCUCGCGACGGCCGCAGUAAAAUGAUCGAGCCUCCCGGUGGAAGCGGCGAUCGCUUUGGCCAACAAGUUCAAGCUAGCCACGCCUCUUGUCGUCCGGAAGCGAUCCCCGCGAGCGAAACUUCUCCACCCGCUUCUCCAGUCUUCAGUAUUUCCAGGUCCCAAGUCCGCCAGCAGCUACAUCAAAUUGGUUGUGACAACGCUCUCCAACUCGAUGACUCGGUUUUGGAUGAAUUUAUCCAAGAGCUCAGGGUUGCAUACGAGGCCGAGAUGAAAUGGGUUGAUAGAGAGCUGGAAUCCUUUCGGGAAAUGAAUCUUGCGAGCGAAUCAUGGCAUGCCUCGCAUAGUCAAUCUGGCGACGACCUUUAUGACGCUGGAUUGGACAUGUCUUGUCCUCAGACCAACGACACUGCAUGCAACAUUCAGCAGCCACAAGGCCGUUUUGUCGAAUCCGGCCGACCACCAGGCUCAUCACCAAUAGAAACCAACUUUGCCGCUUGUCAGACUGAUUCCUUUCACACAAAGAGCGGCUUGCCUCAGCCUCAACAGCCAACUUGGAUCAAGACAAGGGCUGGUCAUCAAAUCCCGGACUUUGACUUGGAUGAGGUGAACUCGGCGCCGCUGCCUCAGACUCCCCCACCGCCGGCCGGUGGAACAACAUUGUAUGGAUCGAAUGACGGGAUUCCCCGGAGCGACCUUCGCGAUCCUGCUUCGUCAGGCGACACAAUGGCGAGACAUCAGCUAUAUCCCAUGGAGUCGCUUCAAAGACCCUUGGCUCCUGCUGACUAUGGUCGCAAGUUCCCAUUACCGUCGAGAGGCGUUCCAUCGCAAGCAAUUGAAUGUGGAUCGCAGCAACACGACGCCUACCCACAAGUCCGACGACGAACUCCCAAUCCUCUCCUUUCACUUGAAACAGAGCAAGGGUCCGAGAGACCUAGCUCAACUGCCUAUGUCGAUUUCAGCGCACCCACAAGCCGAGCCACUGCUCCAGUUACACACCAUCUCAGUACAUCAGCAUCUGUGGGGCAACAUGAACCGAUUUCAUCAGUGAAUUAUCAGCUGCCCAGUCCCAAGAUGGAUGCUCCGAUUGAGAGCUUCUCCAGAAGCUUUUCUUCCUCAACUUCAUCCGAGUCCAUGCGCCUUCUCAAGGAAAUAGAGAUGGACAUGCUGGCACGCGAGUCUGAAUAUCGUGUGCGCUUGACCGAUCUUGAUUUGCGUCCAAUCCACAGAAGGAUACGUCAACAGCAGGAGCGAAGAAGAGCAGCUAGCCACACACAGCAACUAAUCGAGCCAUUGGAAGGAGACGUUGAGAGUUAUUCUCCGCCCCGAUAUUCACCUUUUGAAAGAUCCAACCGGCGGUCAGAUGGUGCGAAGUGGAUCUCAAGCUCCACCAUCUCUCCCAAACGCUAUUCGACCAGUUUUGAGCCACUGGAGACGGCGCCACUGGAGACUGAGCCGUCGCGAACCCCAAAGUCUCACCAGGCAGCAAGGCAAAUCAGCAGAGGACCCAAAGCAAGAAAUGGUGACGACGUAGCCCAUGCACGAGAGCAAAGAUCACAAUUGCUGUACGAUAAAAGUCAUCAAUAUCCAGCGUUUGAAUCGACAACGAGGACAAAGACGAGCGGUCAACGGGUCCAACUAUGGACAUCACAUGACGACAUUGGCCAAGAAUUAGGACUCGGUGCGGAAUCAUAUUCAUCAAGUGCGCCAGUUUCACCAACUUCGAGCUCAGCAAGCUCAAGUCAUCAUGGGAAAACAUCCAAGAAACUGACUCGUCGGACGCGAUGUAUGUGUGCAAACGAUAGUGCGGUAGCGAGAUCGCCGAUAAAGCUCUUGAUGCCACCUUGAGUGUGACGAGAUGAACGCCAAGGCACUCCGAGAGCCAUUUGUCGCUCUGAAGCUUUGAGCUUCGAUUGCUAUAGCCGAGUAGGCGAUGGCAUCGGGGAUUUAUACACCCCUCCAGCGGAGCCCGGGCGAGUCCCGAAGAAACACGACCCAGUCUCUCGAUACCAUCAGCACAAAGCGAGAUGGGAUAACGACAAAUUUCUCAAACGUUUAUC